UUGUCGCAUCCUGCUUAUAAUACACCAUCCUUCCUGUGACUGCAUCCCAUCAACUCAUACGAGCUCGAGUUAUUUGUCUUGGUUGUUCACGAUGAGCUUCGGCUUUGGUGUCGGUGAUUUCCUCGCUACUUUGCAACUCGCCGAUGACUUGAAGAAGCGGUUCGCCCAGGCACCGAGUGGCUUCAAGGCUAUCUCUGGAGAUGUAAAAAGCCUAUGGGCGCUUCUUCAUGAUCUCAAUGAUAUUCCUAACGAAGGCCUCAGUGCGACCCAGAAAACAGAACUGGAUAUAAUCGUCCAGAGAGGCCGCGAAGUCCUGUUGGAGAUCGAACACAAGUUGAGCAAAUACAAUGUGCUUGCUUUUGCAAGUUCGGACUGGAAGACAAAGGCUGUCCGAGCAUGGAGUCGAGUUAGAUGGGACCCUGCAGAGGUGGACAGCAUGCGGAGCCGCAUCACUUACUGUCUCUCGCUGUGGAAUUUGGUAAUGGGCAAAAUCAAUCAAGAUCUCACCUUGGAGAUCGGAGCAGACAUUCAGUCCAUGAAAGGCCACCACGAUUUGCAGCAGCGCAAUGAAACGCUUGCAUGGAUAUGUCCUGUUGACGCCUCGGAGCGACAUCACAAAAUCAUUAGCUCUCGGCACGAGGGAACGGGUAAAUGGUUCCUGGAAAGUGAAGAGUUCCGUUCUUGGAUCUCUGAUGAGAAGAGCAAGGCACUUCUAUGCACCGGGGCUCCUGGUGCAGGCAAGACGGUGCUUUCUUCGAUCGCAGUCGACCACCUUCAGCGGGAAUUUUCCCUAAAUAGCAGUGUCGCAGUUGCUUAUCAUUAUUUCCACUAUCAGGAGCGGAUUGAGUAUUCUGAGCUUCUUUCAAGCCUCCUGAGACAGUUACUUCAGGGAAAUCAAAGCUUGUAUGAGAAUAUCACAACAAGACGCUACCUCCUCCCGCCCAGGUCCACCCGUCUGGCCCAAGAAGAUAUCGAAAAGAUAUUCAGUGUGGCAGUGUCUGAAUGCAGUGAGGUGCUGCUAGUCGUUGAUGCACUGGAUGUGUGUAACGACGUAUACGUGAGGCGUCAAUUCCUCGCUUGGGCUACGAAACUUCUUGACAUCGGCGGUCGCACGAAGGUCAAGCUCCUUGUGACUGCCCGACCGGGCGAUUAUUUCAGUCAUCUGUUGUCUCGAGGUGUUAUCUUGGACAUUCAAGCCAGCGAAGGCGACAUGGAAAGUUUUCUCGACGGAAAUCUUGACUAUCUUCCGCGUUUCCUUCGAAGGAAGCCCGAGCUUUGGGCUUAUGUUAGAAGGCAGAUUCUCGAAUCGGCUGAUGGAAUAUUCUUGCUUGUCCGUCUCUAUUACAACUUGAUCCUGGAUGAGAAGAAUGAGAAAAGAGUCCGAGCACUGGGUGGUCAGUUCCAGUCAGGGUCAGGGGCCUAUGACCAUGCGUAUAACGAGACAAUGAAGAGGAUUAACCUGCAAAGCUUCUUCUCUCAGGACCUUGCCAAAAGAGUACUCGGGUGGCUCACGUUCUCUGCACGACCACUUAGCGCUCUAGAGCUACAACAUGCUAUUGCGGUUGAAAUUGGUGAGCCCGAAUUUGACGCAAUGAAUGUCACAGAUAUUGAGGAAAUCGCUUUUGUCUGCUGCGGAUUGGUCACGGUGGACGAAAACAACAACACGGCGAAGCUCGUGCAUCUUACUGCCCAGGAGUACUUGGAGCGGAUGCGGGAGGCUUGGUUUCCCACCGUCCAUGAAUACCUCACAAACACCUGCCUCACAUACGUGUCCUUCGACGCCUUUGAGCAGCAAGCCUUAUUAGAAAGUGGCCGUCAAGAGCAUCGGCAAGAGUACCCGCUUUAUCAGUAUUCUGCUCAUGAGCUAGGGACGCAUCUCCACCAAAGCUUGGGCAGCAAUACGCUUCUUGCUUCAUUUAUCAAAAAUGAUGCCAAAGUUACACGGUGUAUGCGAGAGAUGUUCGGCCUGUCGGAGACUCCUUACAGUUUUUCUGGGAUCCAUCUCGCGUCAGUCUUCGGCCUAGAUCAGUGCAUGGAAGAACUUGUCGGGGUCGACAGCAACUCAGAUUUGGUAAUAAGUCAAUUGUUGAGUUUCUACUUGAUCGUGGAGCUAUUGUCGAUUCUGCUACAUCCGAGAACUUCACACCUCUUUUCUACGCCGCAGCAUAUGGUUACAAUGAAGUGGCCAGUCUGCUGAUUGACCGAGGUGCGAAUGUUCAUUAUGAGAAUGCUAACAAGGAAACUCCUAUAUUCUUUGCAGCAAAGAGCGGCGCUGGAAUUCAACGGGGUCCUAUAUCGACUAUCAGCAUGGGCGAUCAUGCACACGUCAUGAAAGUUCUACGAGAUGCAGGAGCCAACAUCAAUCAAGAGAACAAGCAGUGGGAAACCCCCUUGUUCACAGCGGCGGCAAAUGGUAACCUGCGUGCUGUUGAAUUGUUACUCGAUUGGGGCGCCAGAAUACACAGCACCGAUAGAUGGAAACACCUUUCAGCAGACCCAUUGACAGCUGCGGCACAAA